AUGAAGACUGCACGCGCGGUGCGGGCGGGCACCACCCGUGCCAACGCUCGCCUCGUCAGCAACACUAGCAACACUCGAUCCUCCGUCGCUACUAGCAACGUCUUGCAGCAUUUCUCGCAAUCCCCUCCCCCACCACGCAAAUCGCUCGCAGCUCCCCUCGCCAAGCUACCCUUCUCCUCGGUCCUGCGCUCUUUGCUGGUGCUUUCUGUCUCUUCUUCUCCUAUCCUCCUCAGGCCUUGCAUUUAUACCCUGUCGCACCUGGCACACCCCCGCUCGGCGUUCUGGGAUGUCUCGAAGAACCCGAUUUUGAACUUCCUGGUCAAGCACACCAUCUACAAGCAGUUCAACGCGGGUGAGAACAAGCUCGAGGUCCAGGAGUCUAUUCGCAACAUCAAGGCUCUCGGAUGCCGCGGUGUUCUUCUUGGCUAUGCUCGCGAGGUUCUCGUUGGAGAGAACCAGGAUGCCGCGCUCGAUGAGAAGGCCGCUCAGGCCGAGAUCAAGAUGUGGCUCGACGGUACCCUGCAGACCGUUGAUAUGGCCCAGCAGGGCGACUUUGUUGCUCUGAAGUUCACUGGUAUGGGUACUGAGGCUCUCCGUCUCCUCCAGAAGGAGGCCGCUCCCACCGAAUAUAUGGAUGCUUCUAUUCGGAAGGUCUGCGACUUGGCUGUUUCCCGCGGCGUUCGUCUCCUCGUCGAUGCUGAGGAGCAAGCUGUCCAGCCCGGCAUUGAGGCCUGGAUCAUGAAGUACCAGAAGUACUGCAACUCGCAAACCCCCGGCCGUGCCAUCUUCUACGGCACCUACCAAGGGUACCUCCGCUCGACUCCCGCUACUCUCGCCCGCCACCUGGAAAUUGCCCGCCGUGAGGGAUACACUCUCGGUGUCAAGCUUGUUCGCGGCGCCUACCUGAAGACUGAACCCCGCCACCUGAUCUGGGCCGAGAAAGAAGAGACCGACAAGUGCUACGACGAAGUCGUCGAGGCUCUCCUGACCCGCAAAUACAACUCCAUGCUCCAAGCCCCUACCAAGGAUAUCCCUGCCGAGCUGCCCUCCGUGGAUGUCAUCAUUGCCACCCACAACCGGGAAUCUGUUCGCAAGGCCCACGCUCUCCGCAUGCAGCAGGCUGUCCGCGGCGAGAACUAUGACGUCGACCUCAGCUACGCUCAGCUCCAGGGUAUGGCCGACGAGGUCAGCUGCGAGCUUCUGCAGGGAUUCGAGAACGCCGAGGCCAGCGUCGGUGCCUCUCCUGUUGCUGCUCCCAACGUCUUCAAGCUUUUGACCUGGGGCUCCGUUCAGGAAUGCAUGGGUUUCCUGCUCCGCCGUGCUAUCGAGAACACCGAGGCUGUUGGCCGUACCAAGGACUCUCAGGUCGCCAUGUUCGCUGAACUCAAGCGCCGCUGCCGGAACGUCUUCGGCGGCAGCAACUAA